GUAAGAGCGUGUCCAGAGCGCGCGCGCAGAAGCGGCGCAAAAGGGAUUCGGGAAAGGGAAAAAAAAGACUGGCAAUUUGAUCUCACGGUCCGAUUUGUGUGCGUGCGCGCGUGUGUGUGUGUGUGUUUCUGUGUAAUGCGCAUUCCGAUAGAUCCGAGCAGCAGUAGGAGGUUCAGCCCGCCGUCCAACGGAGUGCAGGCUCUGCCCGGGAAAGCGGCGGAUGCGAGCGCGGCGGGAGCGACGCAGCACGAGGCGAACACGGCGGCGGCGGCGGUGGUGCCGAGACUCCGCGCGCACGACAACCGCACCAUGGUGGAGAUCAUCGCCGACCACCCCGCCGAGCUCGUGCGCACCGACAGCCCUAACUUCCUCUGCUCUGUGCUGCCGUCUCACUGGAGGUGUAACAAAACCCUACCGGUCGCCUUCAAGGUUGUUGCACUGGGGGACGUUCCUGAUGGAACAGUGGUAACAGUUAUGGCAGGAAAUGAUGAAAACUACUCGGCAGAGCUGCGGAAUGCCUCCGCCGUCAUGAAGAAUCAAGUGGCACGCUUUAACGACCUGAGGUUCGUCGGGAGGAGUGGGCGAGGGAAGAGCUUCACUCUGACAAUCACAGUAUUCACCAACCCUCCUCAAGUGGCCACUUACCACCGAGCCAUAAAGGUCACAGUGGACGGACCACGAGAACCAAGGAGACACAGGCAGAAGCUGGAGGACCCUCCAAAACCAGGGUUGUUCUCGGAGCGCCUGAGUGAACUAGAACGCCUGCGCCACAGCACCAUGAGGGUCGCCGUGCCCACGCAGAGCCCCCGGCCAUCUCUCAACACCGCAGCAAACUCCUUCAGCCCACAGGGACAGACACAGCUGUCAGACCCCCGGCAGUCACAGUCGUCUCCGCCGUGGUCCUACGAACAGCCAUAUACGCCUUACCUGAGCCAGAUGACUUCCCCUUCCAUCCACUCCACCACUCCGCUCUCCUCUACCCGAGCCACAGGCCUGCCCGCCAUCAGCGACGUACCGAGACGUCUCUCAGGUACAUCAGAUCUGAGCCCUUUUGCAGCCGACCCACGCCAGUUCGAGCGCCAGUUUCCCAGCCUGUCCUCUCUUACCGAGACACGUUUCUCUAGUCCCAGGAUGCACUACCCCGCCACAUUCACCUACACACCUACUCCUGUGACAUCGGGUAUGUCUCUAGGCAUGUCAGGCACCACCCACUACCACACCUACCUGCCACCACCAUACCCAGGAUCCACCCAGAACCAGAGUGGGCCAUUCCAGACCAGCAGCACGCCAUAUCUGUACUACGGGGCUUCGUCCGGCUCGUACCAAUUCUCCAUGGUGCCAGGGGGAGAACGUUCCCCAACGCGGAUGCUGCCACCAUGCACCAGCGCCUCAACAGGCAUCAAUCCCAACCUGUCAGCUCAGACUGAAGGCACCGAGGCUGAUGGUAGCCAUAGCAGCUCACCCACUGCUCUCAACUCGAGCGGGAGGAUGGACGAAUCGGUGUGGCGGCCAUACUGAUAGGGCUCAGCCAUAUUUGGAGGGUUACACAGGUCUACGUAGCAAUGCUCACAAGCUACGCAAAUCUCAGUAGUAAUAGCCCUUAUGGAAUUGGUUUCAAAGCACAAAUGCUACAAAUUGAUCAGUUCAGAAAGCAGUGUAACUUUAGUACUUUAAUUUACAAGUCCAUGCAUUAUUGUGACCGAUCAGACGUUCCACUGCAGAACCAGUGAGAGCCAUGCAAGCGCUCUAUUGCUGAACUAAACCAGUAGAACUUUUAUCGUAUUAGGUAUGCAUUUCCCAGACUAUUGACUGAGACUGUUUUCAUACUAACUCAGUGUAUUUUAGAAAUUUUUUAACACUGAAUUUUUUUUUUUUUAAUUUAUGAGUGAAAAGUCAGAUAUAUUUGACGGUACCUGAUUAUGUAUAUGCCCUCAGAUCUUCUUAAUUUAUGUAUAAAAUUGUAGCAUAUAUGGUACUAAGAAGCAAUAUAAGCCAUAUAAACCGUAAAUUAUGCAAAGUGGUUAGAGGGACAAAAUUUAAGACGCUUGAAUAAUAUUUUGGGAAUGAUUAAUAACUUAAUUGUAUAUUUACUCCUUAGUAAUUUAAUUUUUUAUCUUUACUGUAAGGCAAACACAUAUCCAAUAUGUAAACAAUGAAGGAAAGAUGUCAGACUCUGAUCUUUUUUUUUUUUUUUUUUGCGCUUGAGUUGUUUCCUCCUUAGAAAGCUGCAUACACAGGGAGGGGCAGUUGGCUUAAAAUUGAGGGGCACUUGCAAAGAUAAGACCCAAGUCUUGAACUGAGUGAAGCAUUGAUUUACACGUGUGACAUAUUCCGCUCUCAGUUCUUAUUCUGACUUUGUUUAGCCGAUGUUUUAUCAAGUUAAUUUAUUUUUCAAUUUUACUUUUAUUUAACGAUACUGAGUGACUACGAGCAAGACCAAUAGCACGCAGCAGUUGUCUCACUCUUUCCAUGGAAACAAGGAGCUGUGUUCAGGCUGCCUAGAUUUCUUUCAGUUUACAGCACCCUAACAAUCACAAUGCAUUUCAAUCGUGAGCUCUGAAUACAUGUACAAUGUACACAAUCAAUGAGGAUUUGGCCUUUUAUUCUUAACUGGACCAUUAACUGUGCAUGGAUGAGGUCAGGUGAAUUCUAUGCAAAAAAAAUAUCCAUCCAUCCAUCCAUUCAUUUUCCGCCACUUAUCCAGAUCCUGGGAAAUAUAUAUAUUUAAAAAUAUAUUUUUACAAAAAUCUCAAAUGGAUCGCAUUUUGCUUUUGUGCAUGAAUACAUCCCAGAAAUAUGAUUUCAUGACAAGUGGGAAAAAUGUAUGUCGGAUAUUCCAGGUCAUUUCCUAAAGCACAGUAGAAUUGAACAUGUUACAUUUCAUUAUGCAAAUUUUGUAAUCAGAUAUUCCAGCAUACAGACAAUCGGCCACUUUUAACCAUCUAAAUUGCUUCCUUAAUACUAUUUUUGUUUCUAAUUGUGAUUUAUUUAUUGCUUGGUGAACCAUGUGUCAAGAUUGAUUGAUUUCUAACUGACAGGAGAUUUGCAAAAAAUGUCACCAAUUUUAUAUUUGUAAAGGUGUAAUUUUUUUACAAGAUUCAAUCACAGUCUUUGAAUAUGUGUGUGUGUGUAUGUGUGCGUGUGUGUUUUUUGGAUUCAGACAAACACGUGAUACUUCAUUUGUAAAUUGUAACUUAAAAGGCUGCAGGCAGCACCCUGGGAAAACCAAUGUAAUUUUUUUUUUUUUUUAAUCUGGAUCAAAGCACUUCUUUUAUUUUCUUUUUGUCUUUGCUUGGUUUUGAAUUGAAGCUUCGAUGCCAUGGGGGAAAGGGAACAGCUAAGCAGCCAAUCAUAAGGUCACGAGAGUCGUCUCUUAGGUACAGAGCUCGAGCCAGGUUGAGUUUACAACUAAUACAUGAACGCACACAGUUCGGCCCACUUCGAGUCCCGUCGAGUAAUCAAGCGAGAUUUGAUUUUCUUGUAUUUGUGUGCGUUACAGUACUGCUAUAAUAUUAAUCAGGGUUUUAACUUGGGUUUAACUGGACUGACUGUUGGUGAGAGCACAAAAAUGUCACUCUGGCUCAAAGUGAUCAUACGGUUUUCCAGCAUCUCCUUUCACAUCUGAUUCCUCAUUUUCUUGAAACUGUUGUCUUUUGGCUGUGAGAAGAGCGAACAUGUUUACAAUACUGCAAAAGACUUAAAGAACCUCUGCACUGUUACCAUGAUUGAAAAAAUAUUUCUGAUAACUGCUUUAUGCCAGUGAUAAAUAAUACCAAAAGUUUGACUUGUUCUGUCUGAAGUAUAUGUUUUAGUGACAUUGCAAAGGCUCGCGAGCAGUUUUGGGUUUGCAUUAAAUAGCUGACAAAUGUGUGGCUCAUGUCGGAGCCCUGAGCUUUAUGAAUGGCCUAGCGAGUAAUGUUAAUCAGAGGCUGUGGUCAGCAAAUCCGCUGCUGGAGUCAGUUCCAGGAUUUUUCAUCUCCAACUGAAAUCCAGCGCACUCGGAGUUGACUGAUUGGCGGCGUUCACAGCUUUGAGGUCUUCGGGGGUCACUUGGGUUUCAUAACUAACCAAAACUGAAUUUUCCUCUCUGAUUAAGUGGCCUAGCAAAGCAGAGGCCUGCAGUCUGAGGACGGGAAUAAGUCACAGCGAGUAGGUUCAGAUUGGCCAGUUGAAAGCAACAAAUGCAAAAUUUGGCACGGUAUGUUCAAACAUGUCUCUCAAAUACAGUGUUUUGCAUGUAAUAUUCUGGAAAUAAACCCUUUUAUACGUAAA